AUGAUAGAAGAUCCACGUUUAGGAUUAUCCUUAUGCACACCUGUUAAUCAUUCAACCACUAACAUGUACCAACAACCAUUAACUCAACAUCAACCACCACCACAACAACAACAACAUAUCUCAAUGUAUAUGAAUAGAGCACGUGGGGGAUCCGUUUCUUCUUUAACAAGCUCAAUUAGUGAUACUUACACUUAUUCUAAUAAUUUCACCACGUCAGGUAACAAUAGUAUUAAUAAUAAUGGCGAUAUAUCCAAAUAUGCAAUCCUCUCUAAUAAAUUUAUCGAUUUGAUAAUGAAUGUAUAUUUAAAUGUAUCAAGUGAUCCAACUAUAACACCUUUCGAUCCAACUAGUCCACCGGCAGGUAUUCUUAAUCGUGUGGCAAUGUUAUCCAUCGAACAAGCGAUCACUCAACAAUGUGACACAGGAACACGCAUCCCAUUACAAUCUAACGCAAUGGUUGUAACGAUUAGACAUACGUUGAAUCAAGAGAUUAGACGGGAGGGUUAUAUGUCAAGAAACGGUUCACAAUCUUCGUUGGUGCCGCCUCCACCUCAAUUUACAGAAUUAUUAAAUUCUACUCAUAAUAUUUCAGAUCCAUUAGAUCCAACUUUUUUCAAAAGUAGUGGAGAACCUUUAUGUAUUGGAAAUAAUUUAUUACAACCACAACCUACUUUAAAAUGUUAUAAGAAUACUAAUAAAGAUAAGAAUAAUACAAAUAUGUAUGUUUUGACACCAAAUAAUUCAAUGAAUAAUUUGAUCAAUUCAAAUAACAGUAGUGGAAAUUUACCUUCUUUACAUCAUUCUUUAUUACCUCGUCAAACUUUUAGAACUGCUUCUCCUUUAUCAACUACAAGUUUCUCAAAUAAUAGUGGAACUUCAAGUUUGACGGCGGCUAAUAUUUGCCGUCACGAACAAUCAUUGGCGGACUCAUUAGGCACGAAGAAAUAA